GCAGCAACAGCAGCAACAGCCAGCACCAUCCGCCCCCACCAUGAACCUUGGGCGGUCACUGUUCGCUCUAUUUCGAGAAACUUCCAGCCCACUUCACCACGUCACUUAAACCUUUAAAGCGUCCGUCGCCCAUAUAAAAUGUCUCAGUAUUCGACAGCAAGCCGCAACAUGAACGGCAUGAAGACACAGUCGCCGACCCUGACGAUGGCAAACAAUGACAGCGAGCCUCUGCCCCUCGGCUGGGAAGUAAAAAUCGACCCUCACACGGGAUGGCCCUUCUUCGUGGACCACAACAACCGCACGACAACCUGGAAUGACCCUAGACAUGACACAAAAAAGGUAAGAGACGUGUCUGCAAAUGGUCCUAACAUACCACCAGACCCAAGCCCUAUGGAAACACAGAAGAAUUUUGUAAGGGAGAUGAAGCACCCCAUCCUUCGCCCUGGUUAUGUUCCCAUCCCAGUCUUCCAUGAGGGGGCAGAACUGAGGCAGCAACAGCAUCCAUGUUACGCCUACAUUCAGCCAACCACUGCACAGAAUAUCCGCACGGAGGGGCGAACGCCUUCCCCAACACCUGGGCUCCACUGCAGGCCCCGAUCACCCUUACAUGGACCCUCUGAGAGUUGUUCUCCUGAUACUGGGAUGGUCGGCUCACCUGUUUCACAAACAGCAGAGCUUUACACUGCCCCACAUCACCAACCCUCGCGGCCCAGCAGCACUGGUCUUCAGGCUGGUUAUAUCACUAUCCCAGUGAUCCAUGAGGGUGGAGGAGGUUCAGUACAAACACAGGCUCAGUUAAAUCCCUCUGGCUACUCUCAGCGUGACCCCUUCUCAGAGCAACAGCAGCCCUUUCAUCGCCUUCAGACGGACGAAUGGCCUGGCUACUCUGCAGCAAUGCAGUCCCCCCGGGAAAGGGCAUCUCCGAUACUGCUUCCCCAGCAUCGUGAUGCUGCUUCUAUUCACCUACCACCUCAUAUUAGAAGCCAUUCACCUAUCAUAACACAAGUGCUUGGAGAAAGACCACAGGCUCAGCAGCAUGUCAUCACAAGAGACCCUGCCCAGAAAAUGGAGCAGGAACAACAAAGCACGCAGCAGAAACCCGAGAACAUGCAGCUCCCCCAGCCACUGCACACAGAAGCCGAGGUCCAAAAGCCUCAACAACCUCAACACUUCCAACAGCUUCCACCUCAGCAACCGCAGUUCCAGCAACCGCAGUUCCAGCAACCGCAGUUCCAGCAACCGCAGCAGUUCCAGCAACCGCAGCAAUUUCAGCAACCGCAGCAGUUUCAGCAACCGCAGCAGUUCCAGCAACCUCAACAUUUCCCACGGACACCAUCUCCAACAUCUCCACAGCCUCAGCAGUCUGAACAGUCACUGCUGGCACCGCAACAGUACCUGCCGCCCCAGAAACCAGAGCAACCACAGCAACACAUGGCUGAUAUUAAAGUUCAAAUACCUCCACCAUCAGAAGCCCAUGACAUCACAGUUGAUCCCCCAGAGGUACCACCUGUAAAGGUAGAAGAUGAACAGGCUGCUCAGUGCCCAAGUCAUCCAGGUUUGACUAAAGUAAGGCAGAUAGUUGAACGGGUUGCUAAACUGGAGCAUGAGGUGAAGUGUUUUGAUGGGAAGAAGAAUGAUAAGAAGUACUUGUUACUUGAGGAACUGCUGACCAAAGAGCUUUUAGCGCUGGACUCGGUUGACCCAGAGGGUCGUCUAGAUGUACGGCAGGCGAGGAGGGAUGGAGUCCGCCUUGUUCAGAACAUACUGGAAGCAUUGGAGCAACUGGAGGAGCAGCAGGCUAAAUCUGACUGUGAAACCACCAUGGAGGGAGAGAGCCUGAUACAGAAAGGAGAGCCCAGCAUGAUCACCAAGGAGAGUGCCGAGAUGGCAAAGGAGAUAUCAUAAUAAUGACUUCACACUUCAUCAUCAAGAGGAGAGGAAGAUGGCCUGCUGUUCACAUAUUUGAUAGUGAACAAGUGUUCUCUGGAGAAGUCUCCACCUCCUCUGUCUACAGCAUUUGUAGAAGUUGCAUGCAUCAACAGUGUUGGUAUUUCCUGCCAUUCAGCACAUUACGGAUGGUAACUCAGUGCAAUCAUUUUCAAGCCAAUGUUGUUGCCUUCUAUGUGGUGCCAAUGUGUUCAAAUUAAGACAGUUGUCAUGAUCAAUGUGUGUGACAACAAUUUCUAGUCAAAGUUUGAAUAAGAGGCCUUUAUCAAUAAGCGAAAGAUAACUAGAAGUAUUUUCUUAAGAGAUGUUAUAUGGAGUGGCCUUUUGUCUCAUUCAGAUAUUAUAUGGAGCUUUUCUUAAUCCACCAGGUCAGUUAGUUCAUGAGUGCAAACACUGGGGCCUCAAGGCAGAACUGACUGCAGAGAAGCACUUUCCCUGUUGUGGCCACACAGCCAUGUUUGAGCUUCUUCAUCACAGAACACAGUGAUUAUGUUUGUUAGAUGCUGCUUUUUGGUGCAUUGCUGAUUUUGCCAUCUUUGCACCCGGCCAUCAUUGAAAUUGCUGACAGUACAGUACAGCAGCACUACAACUGAAAUAUAACUGCUACACAAGUUUUGAUUGAUGUGUUU